UGCACUCACUUCCGGUGUGAAAGCUCCUUGGAACCGAAGCCCGACGCGUCAAUUAGUUGCAGUCACUCCAUACGGCCUCAAAGUUGCGCACUCGUCCGCCGCAGGCCGCCAACGGAGGAGGCGCCGCCGGACACGCGGACGCAGGCACCCGAAGGCGACAUCAUGGCCCUCCCGAGGCGUCGCGUGGACAUCGCCAACGUGAUGCAAAAACUGCAGGAUGAGCAAGAAGCCGUGCAGAAGAGAACCUUCACCAAAUGGAUCAACUCUCACUUGGCUAAGCGUAAACCGGCGCUAGAAGUCAACGACCUUUUCGAGGACAUUAAAGAUGGGGUGAAGCUCUUGGCUCUCUUGGAGGUGCUCUCGGGCCAAAGACUUCCCUCCGAGCAAGGUCGUCAACUGAAGAGGAUCCACUGGGUUUCCAACAUCGGCACGGCGCUCAAAUUCCUCGAGGGCAGGAAGAUCAAAUUGGUUAACAUUCACGCCACGGACGUCGCCGACGGACGACCCGCCAUCGUUCUGGGGUUGAUAUGGACCAUUAUCCUCUAUUUCCAGAUUGAGGAGUUGACCAGCAACCUUCCAGCCCUCCAGGCCUUGUCCUCAAGCAACUCCUCAGUGGAAAGUUCCGAAACUGGAAGUCCUCCCAUGAAGAGAAAAGUGGUCAAGUUUCAGGGCAACGCCAAGAAGGCCCUGCUUCGAUGGGUGCAGUCCACCGCCGCCAAGCAUCACGGGAUCGAAGUGAAGGACUUCGGUCCCAGCUGGCGCGACGGAGUCGCCUUCCAGUCGGUGGUGCACGCCGUCCGGCCCGACCUGGUCGACAUGGAGGCGGUGCGGCGCAGAGGCAACAGGGAGAAUCUGGAGGAGGCUUUCGCGCUAGCGGAGAACGAGCUGGGCAUCCCUCGUCUGCUGGACCCAGAAGACGUAGACGUGGACAAGCCAGACGAGAAGUCCAUCAUGACGUACGUGGCCCAGUUCCUCAAGCACUACCCGAACCCUCGCCACUCGGAAACCGACGGACAGCACGAGGAGCGCGAGGAGCGCAAGAUGCUGAGGGAGCUGAAGGUUUUCCUGGACCAGCUGGAGAGAGACGUGCUGAGGGCCCAGGGGGCCGAGGGCCACCUCACAGACAAGUACCAGGCCUUCAAGAACUUCCGCGUGCAGUACGAGAUGAAGAAAAAGCAGACGGAUCCCCUGCUGCAGCCGUCGCACAAGGAUGGGAAGCUGUCCACGGACCAAGCUCUGGUCAAGCAGGCCUGGGAGCGCCUGUCCGUCAGGCUGCUGGACUGGCACAUCCACCUGGACAAGUCCCUGCCGGGUCCUCUGGGCGUGAUCGGGGCCUGGUUGCACAGAGCCGAGAUGGCCCUGAGGGAGGACAUUCCCGUCCGCCACGCUUACGAGGAGACGGCCGGUGUUCUCCACAGGAAACUGGAGCAGCACAAGGAGGUGUUAAAAAACUUGGAAUCGCACAGGCAACCCUUCCAGCAGAUCCACCGAGACAGAUCGGUCAACGGCGUCCCGGUUCCGCCGGAACAGCUCCAAGAUUUGGCCGAGCGGUUCAAUUUCGUGUCCGCGUCGUCGCACGGCCACUUGAUCAAACUGGAAUUCUGGGAGAUGAAGUAUCGGCUGAUGGCCUUUCUGCAGCUGGCCGAGUCCAAACUCAAGUCCUGGAUCGUUAAAUACAGCAGGCGGGACUCGGUGGAGCUCCUGUUGCAGAGCUAUCUUACCUUCAUUGAGGGCCACAGGUUCUUCGAGCAGUACGAGAUCCUCUUUUCGGCACUCAAGCAAGCAGCGGACGUCUACGUCAAGUCGGACAGUUCUAUUGACGAAGCGGAGGGCGUGAGCAAAUUCCUCGGCGACGCCACGGCUCAGUGGAAAAACCUGGCGCUGGAGGUCCGCAGCGUUCGUAGCAUGCUGGAGGAGGUCAUCUCCAACUGGGAGAAGUACGCUGGCGCAGUGGCGGCGCUGCAGGCCUGGCUGGAGGACGCCGAACACGUGCUCAACCAGUCGGAGAGCGCCAAGCGCGAUUUCUUCCGCAACCUGUCCCACUGGGUCCAGCAGCACAUGGACAUGAACGACGCCGGCAACUUCCUCAUCGAGACCUGCGACGACAGCGUUUCGCGGGACCUCAAGCAGCAGCUCCUCCUUCUGAACGGCCGAUGGCGGGAGCUCUUCGUCAAAGUCAAAUACUACGCGAGGGCGGACGAGGUGGACAAGUUGAGGCACGACUACCAGGACGGCAUCAACACCUUGAAGAUGUUCAUGGACGCCACCGAUGAGAAGUUGAACGCUGCCGUGCAAGUGUCUUUCCUCAACGUGCGCACGUUUGCUCAGGAUGUCGAGGAAAUCAAGCACAAAAUGCCGGGGAUGGAGGCGGCGUGUAAGGCGGCGGGUCGCACCGCUCAGCUGCUGAGCAAAGACACCGCCCAGGAGGAAGUGACUCAGAUGACGACAGUGAUGGCCUCCGUCAAAGAGCAGCUCAGCAAGGUGAGAGAGCGAUGUCUGCCUCUGCUGAAGGAGUCUCAGUCCCUCUUGGCUCCCUUGGAAGAAAUGGAGAAGAACAUCACCGGGUUCUACCAGGCCCUGGAGAAGGCCAGCCACGUCACGAGCGGCGGCGACUCCGAGGGGCCCGCCGUGGACUUCAAACAGAAAUGCCAGGUGAUCCCGAAGAAGAGUUCAAGGCGUCCACUGGCCGCGGGGCUCACGCCUCGUUUGUCGCAGGAGCUGGCGGCCGCCACGCAAAACUGCAAGAAGUGUCUGCUGGUGAUCGAGAAGAACCACCGGACGAUCCUGAAGCUCGUGGACGCCGGUAAAACACUGCAGCACAUGGACAUGAGCCUCCUGGAGAAAAGAGUAGCCGACCUCCAAGCCUCCUCGCGGGCCAUGUUCGGGGAAGCGACCGAGUGGAGGAAGCAGGUGGAGGCCAACAGCAGCCUCGUGAAGAGAUUCGACGAGUCCCGCUCAGAGCUGGAGAAGGUUCUGAAGAUGGCGGAAAGUUGGAUGACCGAAAGCGGCGACCCGGAGGAGCUGCUGACGAAGCACACGGAGUUCUUUGGGCAACUAGACCAGCGCGUCCUCAACACGUUCCUCAAGGCUUGCGACGAGCUCACUGACAUUUUGCCCGAGCAGGAGCAACAGUCGCUGCAGGAAACCGUGAGGACGCUGCACAAAAACUGGAAGGACGUCCAGACCGACGCUCCCUUCCACCUCCUCCACCUCAAAGCGGAGGCGGAGGGGAGCAAGCUGGCCCCGUUGCUGCAGGAGUGUCGGGCCGAAGUGAACCGCGAGAACCGCCAUCUUGCCAGCACGGGCAGCGAGAGGCUCAUCAAGGAGCACCGGGCCUUCUUCAGAGAAAAGGGACCUCAGUCGCUAUGUGAGAAGAGGCUGCAACUGAUGGAGGAAUUCUGUCAGAAGCUCCCCGAGGGCGACUCCGCCCACCAGACCCUUGACAAGUUCAGGAAGGACUACGCUGAGGUCAGCGAGGAGAUUGAAAACACCCAUCAGAAGCUCAUGCAGAACGCAGACAAGUGGAAGGACUACAACGCAAGAUAUGCCGAACUUUCCUGCUGGUUGAUAUCUAAAGAGAGCCAACUCCGACUCCUGAGAAACCGGGCGGGCGACCCCAGAAAAUACAGUCAGGUCAAGGCUGCCAUCACGGAGCUUCGCAACCACGCCGAGCUACAGGAAGGGAACCUCAACUGGCUGAAAGCCCGUAUGGCCGUCCUGAUCGAGAUCUGCGCCGACAGCGACGCGCAGAGCAAAGGAAGUGCCCUCGGCAAACUCUCGGCUGAUUUUAAAGGUCUUCUCCUGUCUCUCAUCGAGGCUGAGAAGAUGGUCCUGGCCGUGGGUGACUGCGUGCAGUUUAGGGAGGAGGUGCAGACGACUUUGGACGAUCUCCUCCGAGCGCAGAAAGAAGCUCAGGCCGAGGUCUCCAGAAUCUUGGACUGUCCCACCGUGAGAGAAGCCCAGCAACUGCUGCUCGUUCACCAGCAACUCGUGAAACGGCUGAAGCUGAAGAGGAAGGACGUUCAGCAGCUGGUCAGCAGGGGGCAGCAGCUGCAGGCCGAGGAAGGCCUCGGGGAGACUCUGCAGCAGGAUUUGCACAGUCUGGAGAACACCCUCAGCAAAAUGGAGCAAAAUAUGGAUUCGCAGGAGCAAAGCCUUGAGGUCACGCUGGCGGCCUGGCAGGAGUUUGACAGCCAGCGGGAGGCAGUCCGCCAGUUUGUCAGCAAGGCUCGAUCCACAAUGGAGCGAGACCUGAACUUCACGAGUCCUGAAAGCCUGGCCGUAGAACUUGACCAGUCCAGAACGCUUCUGAAGCAAUGCGGAGCUGAGGCCUCGCACAUGAACACUUUGCUCAAGAGAGCCACGGAAAUCCAACUGGGCCCAAAGAACAAGACUCUGCUCCUGCAGCAGGGGCGUUGCCUCAGCGAUCAAGUGGACGAAGUGGAGGCUGGCCUCAAAAAGGGUGUGAAAACAGGAGAGCAAAUGAAGAUGAAGUGGGAUCGCUUCGGAGCCCAGUUUGACGCUUUUUCCUCGUGGAUAUCUGACAAGGAGAAGCAACUGGACACCUUGAAGGGAUCCGCUUUGCCACUCGAGCAACAGAUCAAGAUCGUGAAGGACGUAGCGGCGGAGCUCCGGGAGCGAGCUGAGGUUCUCCCCCGACUGGAGUCGGACUCUCAGGACGUGGCUCGGUUCGUUUCGUCGGGCGAGGGGGCCCGCAUCAAGUCCCGCCUGACCCAAAUCGGACGCUACUGGGACGAGCUGAGGGAGAGCGUGCGGCAGCUUGACGGGCAGCUCCGGGAAAGCUCCUCACACCAGCAGAAGUUUGCGCAGAGCUUCCGGGAGGCACAAGCAUCGCUCUGUGAGCUCCAGUCCAAGCUGGAAGAGCCGAUCAAAACAUGCAGUUCCUCGUCGGACACCUACAGAGCCCUUCAAAACCACGUGGACGUCUCUCAGCAACUGGACAGGCUGAAGGGGACUUUGCUCUCCCUGUCCGCCGGCGCCAGGCGGCUCAGAGACCGAGAGCAAGCGGAGGGCGCUGUGAAGGAGCUAAAUGCCAGCUUUGAACAAAACGCUCGGGGAGCCAAAAUCAAACAGGCCACUCUGGAGUCCCUGCUGACGGUUUGGCAAAGGUUUGAAAAACAGCGUUGCAACUUCAUUUCCUGUCUGGAGAGGAGCGAAUUUGCAGUCAAAACCGAGAGUCAGUGUCUGUCGGCCGACAGAGCAAAACUCUGCAACGAGCUGCAGGACGUGCAGGCCUUGCACUCGGAGGUCCAGACUCUCGGACCCUCUCACGCUGAGCUGACGUCUGCCGGGACGUCUCUUUAUCAAACUGCUCCGGAUGACAGAGCGAGCCAGCUGAGGGAAGAGCUUGACGGACUGCAGAGGAGGCUGCGUGCCCAAAAUGAAGCCCUUCCUAAAAGAAUCCACCAGCUCCAGAAUCACUUGGCCCUUCUCGAGCAACUUGACCGAGACCUUCAGAAGUUCUCGCAGUGGAGUGAGACCAUGCUUUCCGGUCUACACUCCGCUUCUCAAAUUAGCAUCGGCGACCUGUCCUCGGCCAGCGCGCGAGUGAACGAGAUGCAGGCGGCCUUACAAAAGCAGGCCAGUUUGAAAGAGAGCUUAGAUCACCAGGCGGAGAGUCUCUGUCAAGCCUCCGACCCCGGUGACGCGCAGCUGCUACGUAGUCGAGCGGACAGCUGCGUCCAGUCCUACCUGGAGGCCCGGCACCUCGUCCAGCUGCAGUCAGAGUGUCUGGAAAGGCUCGGGAGCUUCCGGCAGGCGCACGGCGAGGCCGCGGCGGUUCUGCGAGGCCUGCGGCAAACCGUGGAGAGCGCCGGGAGCUGGGAUCGCGGCCGGGUGGAGGAGCUGCAGCGGGAGCUUUCCGGCGUAGUCCCGGACGUGUCCCGGCUGGAGACGCUGGCCGUCGACCUGGACAGCGCCCUCUGCAAAAGCCACCUGCGCGUCGCCGCCCGGGAAGGCGCUCGAGAGUCGUGCCGCACGCUGGCCGAUUCGCUCGGCGCGGAGCUGGAUGCUGUGAGGAACCUGCUCGGAACCAAGCAGAGCGAAGCGGAGGCGCUGGGGGCUCUGUGGACGUCCUUUAGCCAGCGCAAAGAGCAGCUGCUCAAAGCUGUGGAAGACAUUGAAGAAAAAGCCGACCAGCAGAGCUUGAGAGAGCCCAGCCUUCUGGCUUUACGGCAAAGGUUGCGCUUCUUCAAUCAGCUGGAGGACGAGCUGCAGUCCCACCAGCACGAGGAGCAGUGGCUGAAGGACAAGGCGGCCCAGCUGGCUCAGCGAGACGCGCAGCUGGCCGGCGAGGCCCUGAGGGAAAUCGGCCUGCUGGAGACCACGUGGAAGGUCGCCGAGAGGCUCAUAGCCGAGAGACAAGAGCAGUGCAGCGUUCUUGCUGAGCUCAUGAGAGAAUAUCAAAUGCGCAAGUCCGCCAUCGGCAGCGUUUUGGACAGCACGGAACCGCUGCUCGAUAUCAGCUCUGCUCUGAAGGACCACGAGGACACCAAGCGAUCCCUAAACAAGCAUGAAGCGGUGAAGACGGAGAUGGCUGACAUGCAACAGGAACUGGACCAGUUUUCCAGCAAAGGAAAACAGUUGGUGAUUGAAUUGAAGAAAGUGCCAGAAAGUGACUCGCAAACGGUCAAAAAGGAUAUCGAGACGGUCGUGGACCAGUGGCUGGAUGCGUCGGAACGGGUGGACGACAAUCUCCUCCGCCUGAAGCAGACUUUGCUGCUGUGGGAGGACGUACGGCAAAUUGCGGACGACGUCGAAAGCUGGACCACUUGCGGCCUGGCAGAACUGAACGAGAGUCUCAACAACCUCAAUGACAGUCAGAAGGUGUCAGCGAGGCUUUCUGCGCUACAGGAGCAAAUAGGAGAGAAGGAGCUGAGACUUGAAAACCUGCGGGGCACAAUGUCAGAGCUGAAGAGGGCCAGUCAAAGUCAAGAAACUCCUCCGAAAUUGCAGUUGCUGGAGAACGACCUGAGGAAGAAGAUGGACGCCGUGACCAAGCUGCUCGGGCAGGCCAGAGGGAAUCUGCUGGACUUCAGCUCGCAGAAGAAACUGCUGGAAGAUUACAUUGCACAGAUGUCUGCUUGGCUUAAGAGCAUGGAGGACUCCUUGGUGUCUUCGCCCGCUGGUUCGGAUCCCGAGGACAUCUGCCGAGUGAAGGAACUUCAGAAAGAACUGCAAAAUCAGCAGGGAAGUAUCGACUCCACGAGAGAAAGCCUGAACAACCUGUGUCGCAAAUAUCCCUCGGAGGAGCUUUCCAGUUUGGGCGCGGCGCUCACCGAGCUCAUCAAGACUUACGAGUCUGUAAACCAGGUCUCGGCCAGGACUUUGGCGUCGCUGCAGAACUGCCUUCAACAGCAGUUCAGCGAUCUAGUUCAGGGAUUCCAUCGCUGGCUCGUAGAACAGAGGGAGAUCGUCAAAGAAUGCUGCGACCGAUCUGGAGACACUCACGUCGUCGAGCGCAAAUUACAGAAACUCCAGGGCGCCACGGAGCGCAUGGAGGAAGGCAAAGUGCAUCUGAAGCAGGUCUGCGAGGAGGGAGAGAAGCUUCUGCUCCACCUUCCCAAAGCCAACGCCGGCCAGGUCCAGCAGCACCUCUCCUCCAUCCAGCAGGACUGGGACAGCUUCGUGGAGCAGUGCAGACAGAACCAACAGAUCCUGGAGGACAGCGCGUCCCUCGUGAAAGGGUGGGAGGGUCGUCUUAAGCAGCUCACGUGGUGGUUGGAGCGCAUGGAAAAGAGGAUGAGCGCAGAUGUGCUCGAAGCCGAGCAACGCGGUCCUGAAAAGGUUUUGCUCCAGCAAGUGGAGGAAUUUCAGCAGGAAGUGCUCAAAGAAAGAGACUCCUUCGAGCACUUGUGUCAGGAGGCGCAGGCCCUGAACGAGGGCGGGCGAGGCGACGGCAGCGAGACGCGGUUGUCGGCUCAGCUGCAGUCGCGCCAUCAGGCCUUGCUGCGACGCGGCUGCCAGAGGCUGCGGAGCUGCCAGUUGACUUUGCAGGAGCAGCGGGCCUUCGAGGAGACGCUGCAGGCCACCUGGACCUGGCUCCACGGAGUCCAGGAGCGUCUGGCUUUGCUCAACAGUACCGUCGGCAACAAGGAGACCCUGGAGAAAAGGCUUCUUCUCGUACAGGAUGUCCUGCUGAUGAAGGGCGAAGGUGAGGUGAAGCUCAACGUGACGGUGGGAAAAGGGGAACAGGUGCUGAAAAACAACCGGAUGGAAGGGCAGGAGGCCAUUUGCUCGCAGCUUCAGAGCCUGAAGGACGCCUGGGCCAAUAUGUUGAUCACUUCCAUGGGCUGCCACAGCCGACUGGAGUGGACGGUGGCCCAGUGGAGCAGCUUCCAGGAAAGUAAGAACCACCUCCAGCAGUGGAUGGAGUCGGUGGAGCAGGAAGUCGGGAUGGCUCUACCCCAGCAGCCUGGCCUCAAAGAGAAGUCCACUCUCCUGGAGCGCCUCAGGGCUAUCCAGGCGGAUGUCGACGCCCACGCGGCCGCCUUGUCCCGUCUUACGGACAAGUCCCUGGAGCUGUACGAAAAGACCGCCGACCCGACUUUUGGACCGGAGUCACGGGCGGAGCUCACCGCGCAUUUCGGUGACAUCUCAGCUGUGGUCAAGGGCAAAAUCCAGUCCAUGCAAAUCAUCGUGUCGGAGCACGAGCAGUACCUGGAUGCCGUCAGAGACUUCAACGACUGGCUUAUCUCAGCCAAGGAGGAACUUCAGCGCUGGUCUGACCUGUCAGGGGACUCGGCCUCCAUCAAAAGAAAACUCUCCAAAGUCCAGGAGCUGCUGGAUUCCAAGCAGCGAGGCAGAGAGAGGCUGAAGCGGGUCCAGAGGUGUGGGGCAGCAGCAAGGGAUCACACCGGCUCGGGGGGUUACGAAGCUAUCGAGCGCGAGGAGGCGGCACUAUUAUCAAGCUGGGAACAGUGGGAACGCGCAGCGCUUCAGACCCGUGCCGGUCUGGAGACCGCCCUCUCUCAGAUGACCACCUCCGAGCAGGAGUUCGGCAGUCUGUCCGCGCAGCUGGAGCAGGACGUGCAGGACUUGGGGCGCCGCGUUCACGACUGGCGUCUUCGACUGGGGCAAGCCGAGGGGAAGUGUGACGGGGAGGAGGCCGUGAAAGGCUGGCAGAUUGCAAAGGACACUUUGGAGGAGCUGGUCAAAGCCGAGCCCGCUUGCGACAGCUUGAAGACGCAACUCAAUGAUCUGUGCCGCUUCUCCAGAGACGUGGGCGCCCACUCCGAAAGAGUGUCUGCCCUCAUUAAGGAAUACAACGGUUUGAGUCUCCAAGCCGCCAGGGAGUGCCAGAGCAAAGAGAAGUUGCAGGAGCAGGGAUUCCGCUCGGCCUACAGGGAGUUCCAGCAGUGGCUGGUCAACACCAAGAUCAACACGGCCAAAUGCUUCGACGCGCCCCAAAAUCUCUCUGAGGCCUCAUCAAGCCUGCAGAAGAUUCAGGAGUUUCUCAGCGACAUCGAGCUGGGUCAGUCCAAGCUCAACGGCGUGGUGGUCAAAGGCGAGCUUCUUUCCAUGAUCGCGGCCAAAGACAAAGCGGAGACGGCCCGCACAAAGACCAGCAAUGCUCUUGAGGACUGGAAGAACAUCAUGUCCAAUCUUCACAACAGAGAGAUCAAUCUACAAAACCUGGCCUCUCAGAUGAAGGACUUUGAGGCAAGCGCCGAGCCUCUCCAGGAGUUCCUGAGCGCCACCGAGACGGCGGUACAGGAAAGCAGCGCACGGCUCCACGAUCUCCCGGCCAAGAAGACCGAGCUCCACAAACUCCAGUCUGUGCUGGAGGAUCUAGCCUCCCACCAAGCCCAGCUGAGCAGGCUUAAAGAGAAGGCCCAGAGGCUGUUGGACGAACACGCGGCCGGCAAGGGUUUUGUGCACCGCGUCUCGCAGCUCUCUGCUCAGUUCCUAGCGCUAACCAACCUGACCAAGGAGAAGGCGUCACGGAUUGACCGCAUCGUGACUGAGCACCAGCUUUUCAACCACGGGUUGAAGGAGCUGCAGAACUGGGUGGCCGACACCAGCCACAUGCUGCAGACCUACUGCGCCCCCACGGCCGACAAAAACGUGCUGGAUAGCCGGAUGGUCAAGCUGGAGGCCUUGCUGACGGCUCGCCAGGAGAAGGAGAUCCAGCUCAAGAUGGUGAUCACCAGAGGCGAAUCGGUUCAGAGAAACACUUCGGCCAACGGCGUGGCUGUGGUCCAGGAGCAGAUACAGGAUCUGAAAGACUCCUGGGAUGCUCUGCUCUCCGCCUCCAUUCAGUGCAAAAGCCAACUGGAGGGUUCCCUGUCUCAGUGGACCAGCUACCAGGAGGACGUGCGUCAGUUCGUAAGUUGGCUGGAACACGUGGAGGAGAACCUGGACCUGGCCGAUAAGCAGUGUCCCGAGAUGCGAGAUAAAACUGCUAAUCUCAGCAGAGCCAAGCUCUUGUAUGAGGAAGUCCUCGGCCACGAAAACCUGCUGGCCACCAUCACGGAAAAGAGCGCAAGCAUAGCCGAGAACUACGUGGCCCAACUAGAGCUGCAGGAUCUACAAGAACGCUACGACAUCAUCAAAGACAAUGCAGUGGGGGCCGUCGCCAAAGCGGAGGAGCUGGUGAAAGCGCACGAGGACUAUCAAGUGGGCCUCCAAGCGUUUGAGGGCUGGCUGGAAGCGGAACUGGAGAAGCUGGGCUGCUACAUGCAGCCGGAGGGCGACGUCGAUAUGCUGGAGGAGGCGCUACAAAAGCUGCAGGAACUCCAGCUGCACUGCUCCGAGGGUCAGGCUCUGCUCAACGCCCUGCUGGUCAACCGAGAACUGGUCACUCCGCGGGGGCCGCCGCAGAUCGAAGACCGAGCUCUGGAGACGCUGCAGCAGGAGUGGAGGAUGUACCAGGCCCGUCUGGCCGACACCAGGGCCCAACUUAACAGCGCCCUGGCCAAACUCCGGCAAAUUGAGCAGAAGUUCCAGCGUCUGGACAGCUGGCUGAGGGCCAUGGAGACCAAAGCGCAACUGCGAGGCCACCGCCGCUCUGACCGUGCCACCAAAGACGCCCAGCUCCAGUUGAUCGAGACGUGGCAAGAGGAAGUGUUGGUUUACCAAGAGGAGAUGGAGGGCCUCAGUGUUUUGGCUCAGCAAGUUCUGGACGAGACACACAUCAGCAGCCGGAUCAGUACCAGAGCAACACAGAUCACAGCCCGCUACCACGCCUUGCUCUUGCACCUACUGGAGACAAUCAAGCAGCUGCAAGAGGAGGUGACCUGCAUCGAUGAGGCACAAUGUGUCUUCGACACUUUCUCAGACUGGCUCCUCACCGCUCAGAACGGCCUACGCACCCUAGCCGUAAGUCCGGACGUGGUGGAUCGCUUUGCCAUGGAAAGAAAGAUGAAGAAGCUAGAGGCUCUCCAGGCAGACGUGGAGCAGGGACACGCCAACCUGAAGACAGUCAGGGAGAAGACGGAGCGAGCUGCCGUCUUCCUGGAGGAAGCCGUAGCUCAGCAGCUGAGGGAGGAGGCGGAGAGUCAACUGGGCAAGCUGGAGGAGCUGGUGGCAGCCAUGCGCACCCAGCAGAACGCUCUGGAGAAGCGCAUCUCACUCUCCAAAGACUACAUGGACAAAUACAAGGCCCAGGCCCAGUGGGUGUCGGAAACCAAGAGGCUGCUGGAAUCCGGCGUGGAGCCCAAAGCUGAGCUCUAUCAGAAGAAAGCUCAGCUGGCCAAGUACAAGACAAUCCAGCAAGUGGUGCAUUCACACGAGUCUGCUGUGAAAUGCGUGAUUGAGAAGGGCGAAGCGCUGCUCGAGACUGUCCAUGACCCAAUCAUCAGCGACAACAUGAAAACCCUGCAGGCGGACUUCCUGGAGCUCUGCUUGCUAGCCAAGACACAGGUCGAGAACCUGGUGGAGUGCGUGAAGGAGCACGAGGAUUACAACAGCGAACUGCAGGAUGUGGAAAAAUGGCUCUUGCACAUGUCCAGUCGGCUCGUCACCUCGGAAUCCAUGCAGACCAGCAGCAUGGAGACGGCCACCCAGCAACUGGCCCGGCACAAGGCCAUUAUGGAGGACAUUGCUGGUUUUGAGGAACGUCUCACUAGCUUGAAGCAGAAAGGAGAAGAACUGGUCUCCAGCUGCACUGACCAAGUCCAAGCUAAGAUCGGCCAGCAAGUCCAGGCUCACCAGCAAGGAACCAGAGAUAGUUACUCCGCCAUCUGCAGUACAGCUCAACGCGUGCAGCAAAGUCUCGACCGAGAACUGCAGAGGCACGUCAACCACCAGGACACCCUCCAGCAGUGCCAGACGUGGCUGGCGGCCGUACGGGAGGAACUACGGCUGAACCAGCAGGAGCCGUCUGGUCUGCAAGAAGCACUGAAACAGGUGAAGCACUACAGGGCCCUCCAGGAGCAGGCCAGCACUUACCUGGACUUGGUGUGCUCAGUAUGUGACCUGUCCGAUGAUGCCGUUCGAGUGACGGCGGCUGAGGUCCAAAGGGUCAAGAUAACUAUCGAGGAAAGGAUGUCAAAUGCUCAGGAGCUCUCAGACGGCUGGAGGGAGAUCAAGGAGCAGAAGCAAGACCUGACCAGCCAGUUCCAAGAUUUGGAGCAGCAGCUCCUCAGUCUGUCCAGACGACCUGCAGAGUUGGAGACCAAGAUAGCGCAAAACAUGUUGUCCCAAGCAAAGGAAUGCGGCCAGCAGCUGCAGUCCAAAGAAAGCAUCCUGACCAAGAUGACGGAGAAAGUGAGCGGACUAUCCCUGGGCCAGGACUCUCCUGAGCGCGGAGAUUUGGAACGCCUGAGUCGUUCCUGGCUCGACCUUUGCCGCCAGGCCAGCGGGCUUCAGGUUCAGAGGCAGGAGGACCUGCAGAGGUCUAAAGAGUACCACGACUGCAUUAGUGCGGUGGAGGCACUCUUCGAGCUGGUGUCCAAAGAGUGGGACAACCUGGCCAGAACUGAUGCUGAGAGUUCUUCUCAGCAUUUGGAGGCGUUACGUAAAUUGGCAGUAGACCUGGAAGGACAAAAGGGUACGCUCGAGGAACUGAAGGAGCAGAAGCAAAAGGUCAUCCACCACUUGAACCUGGAUGACAAGGAACUGGUCAAAGAGCAGAUCAGCCACUUUGAGCAGCGAUGGUCUCAGAUGCAGAAUCUUAUUGAGAGAAAAAUCCAGGACUCUGUAACCACCCUGGAGGAGAUGGGCCAGGUGGAAGCUCGUCUGAAAGAGGCUCGGGAUUGGGCCGAGGAGCAGCAGCCCGCCUUGUCUGAGGCUAUGAAAAUGAGUCCCCCUCCGGAGUUGGCUCAGAGUUUCCUGUUCGACCACCUGAGCGUUUGCAGCGAGUUAGAGGCAAAACAGCUCCUGCUGGCGCAAGCCAUGGCCGACUCGGACAGGGUUCUGGCCCGCCUGGGUCUCAGCGAACGUCAGCGUUUGCAGCGGAUGAUUUCCGACACCCAGUCCGAGGUGGAAUCUCUGAGCGUCCAAGUGGCGCAGCGCCGGAAACACCUCAGCAAAGCUUUCACCGAGAGGACACACUUCCUCAUGGCCGUCGGCCAGUCCAUCUCCUGGGUCCAGCAGAAUGAGAAGAAGGCCCAGGCCGAAGAGUACAUCGCCUUGUUGCCCGAGGACCUCGACAAGCAGCUCCGUACCUGUCGGAACAUCCAAAGCAGUUUAAAAGCUUACCAGAGCGAGCUGACGUCCUUGUGGUCCCAGGGGAGGGACCUGAUGAGGGAUGCCAACGAAGAGGAGAGGAACGAGAUUCUGACAAAGCUACAGGAGUUGCAAAACAUCUUUGAUAAAACACUACACAGGUGUGGCCAGAAACUUCAGGAACUGGAGAAAGUCUUUGUCUCCCGGAAGUACUUCAAAAAUGACCUGGAGAAAAUAUGCCAGUGGAUCAAACAAGCUGACGUCGUCACGUUUCCUGAAAUCAAUCUCAUGGUUGGCGAUGCUGAGUUAGAAGCGCAGCUUUUCAAAUACCAGCAGAUAGUUGCGCAGGCCGUGGACUACGAGAACCUUCUCCUAAUUGUGCAGCGAGCAGGCCAGGAGAUUUUGCCCACCCUCAAUGAAGUGGACCACUGCUACUUAGAUGAAAAACUCAACGUCCUCCCACAGCAAUACAACAACAUACUAGCGUUAGCCAAAGAGAAACAGGACAAAAUCCAGCAAGCGAUUUUCGCGAGGAACGAGUACACCUCGUUCAUAAACGUCACGCAGAAAGCGCUGGAAGAGAUCGAGGAGCAGUUCAACCAUCUGGGCGCGCAGCCGCUAGGCUUGCAAACAGAGGAAGUCCUCAGUCUGCAGAGCGAUUACAAAGCCAUCCAAGCCGAUCUGAUCAACCUGGGUCUCGCUGUCAGCGAACUCAACCAAAAGAAGGAAGGCUUCCGUAGCACCGGACAACCGUGGUGCCCUGAGGAAAUGACCCAGCUCACGAGCCUUUACAACGGCCUGAGGAGGCUGGUGGAACAGAAAGUGGAGCAUCUGGAUGAAACCUUGGAGUCAUUUGAGGACCAAAAGGCAAUGGCCAUGCAAGUUGACUCCGAGUUAAAGGCCACCAAGGAGCAACUGGUGAAGGUCAACGCGGAGACUCAGUCUGCGGAGGAGAGACUGAAGAACUACCACGCUCUCGCCGGGAGUCUCCAGAGUGCCAACUCGCAUUUAUCCAGGCUCGUGGAGCAGAUGGGAACUCGUGCUCCACGUUUGGACCAAACGGCCCACGACGCCUCAAAGGAGCAAGUGGUCCUGUGGCAGGAGGAGCUGCGAUCUUUGCAGGCCGCCGUAGGUGACCUGAUCGAGGAGUGCGAGAACCGCUUCGUUCAGAGUAAAGACUUUGAAACCGAGAUGCAAAGAACGUUGGCCUGGCUGCAGCAGGUCCGGGAUGAGCUGGGUUCCGCCGUGACCGUGGACAUGCGGGUGGAGAAGGUGCAGGAGGAGAUCAGGAAACAGCAAAUCAUGCAGGAAGAGGUUCAGUCCAGACUGAGGAUCGUGGCUGCUCUGAGUAGCAGGGAGAAGCACAAGUACACCAGCGCAAAUGAGCUGGCGCCUACCCACGUGGAUGCCAGUCUUGGAGAGAUGGCAAAGCUGCAAGCAGAUGUUCAGAAACAACUGAGUUCCAAACAGGUGACCUUGGAGCAGGCCCUGCUGCUGUGCCAGAAGUACCACUUCCGGAUGCAGGCGGCCUGCGAAUGGCUGGAGGACGCCGUGUCCUUCCUGCAGCAGGCCGGCUUGGGCGUGGACGUGGAGAACUACGAGGAGUGUCUGAGGCAGCAGGACGGCAUCGUGGCCACCGAGCAGGAGUUCCUCAUCCACUUGGACGAGCUGGAGAGCCUGGUGCCCCUGCUGGAGGACCUGGUCAACCCCGUAGCCAAAGGGCAGCUGCGAGUAAGCGUAGAGUCGGCCAAGCAGAGAGGCCUGGAAGUCCGGGAUCAGCUCCAGUGUCACCAAGACGUUCUUCACAGCUGCGUGGCUCAGUGGAAGUCGUACCAGGAGGCCCGGCAGACCGUCAUUGAGAUCAUGAACGAAGCUGAGAAGAAGCUCACCCAAUUUUCCACCGCCAAGGCAGCGACGAGCCAAGAGGCCGAGGACAAGUUGCACAGUCACCGGACCCUGGUCUCCCUUGUCAAUGGCUUCCAAGAGAAGCUGAGCGGUCUGGAAGCGCAAGCGGCUCAGCUGGAGCAGGUGGGCAGCGAGGCCAGCAAGGCCGCCAUCAGUCGCUCCAUGACCACGGUGUGGCAGCGCUGGACCAGACUGCGCAGCGUGGCCCGGGGCCAGGAGCGAGUUCUGGAGGACACAGCGCAGGAGUGGAGGACUUUCAGAGAGAGGAUGGUGAAGGUGCGGGCGGUCGUCGAGGAGCUCCGGGGUCGAUUGCCGGACAGCGCGGUGGAGAAGGCCUCCAAGGCCACGCUGCAAGCUCAGCUGGAGCAACACGACGUGCUGAGCCAAGACCUGGAGAGAGAGCAGUCGUCGCUGACCCUGCUGCGCCAAUACACCCUCAGCCUGCUGCACGACGUGGAGGUGCCCUCGCCCACCAGCGAGCAGGAUGAGCUGCCCAGCCUCAAAGAGAUCAGGGCUGCGCAGGACCAGAUGGACAGCCUCCUGACGCAGUCCAGAACCAAGCGAGCUCAGGCGGCUCAGGAACUGAGGGACAGAGAAGAAGUGGAGCGGGAACUCGGCGUGGUCAAAGCCUGGAUCCAGGAGACCAGGGAGCUUCUUUUCAACCCCACGCCUGACAUCGACUCGCUGCUUCAGGAACUGGAGGCGGUCCAUGGAGACGUCAUCACCUACCAGCAGAAUGUGGACAAACUAGCUGAGCAGCAACAGAACAAGUAUUUGGAUCUCUUCACCAUUCUGCCAUCUGAAAUCUCCAUGCAGCUGGCUGAGGUCUCGCUGGCCCUGGGGGCCAUUGAGGAUCAGGUUCUUUCCAAAGAGAGAGACAUCCAGAAAACCAGAGAAAUCAAAGAGGAGUUCAGUUCCAGAAUCCACGAGGUCUCUGAGAAACUCAAAGCCAUCGGUUCCAAGUUCAAGGAAAAAUCUCCAGAGAUUGACCAAGCCAAAGAAGAAGUCAAGAGUCUGGCAGAGGCCUUGGACUCCUGUGGUCGUACUCUGUCCGAGCUGGAUGUAGUCGUGCAGGAGUUCGGCCGCCGUAACCCUCUGCUGGCCAAGCAGCUGAGCGACUCCAUCGGGAAGCUGUCGGAGAUGCACCAUCACACCACCCGACUGGCUGACUGCCGCAACAACUGGCUCAAGAAGGCCGUUUGCUAUUUAGACGAGUACCACGAGAUGCUGGACUUCAUCGUGAGGUGGUCGGAGAAGGCCAAGAACCUAGUGCGGGGAGUCGUCAUCUGGAACUCCUCGGUUCACCUACAGGAGCAGAUACGCAUGUAUCAGGCUGUUCUACGAGAGUCCCGCGAGCUCCACGGAGACCUGGAGUCCAUGGCGGAGAAAGUGGAGCUCCUGUCCGAGGUCCUGCAGGUGGAGUCCAUGAGCCAGCAGGUGUGCGAGCUCAGCCGGAACACCGAGGAGCUCCAACAGACCAUCAAGACGCGGCUGCAGAGCUUGGAGGACGCAGAGAAGAGUAUGGAAGCGCUGGAAUGUGAGGUGAAGGCGUUGCACGUCGCUCUGGAGCAGGUCCAAGCCACGCUCACGUCGCCCGAGCUGGCGCGCCAGACCCUCAAAGAACAACUGAUUCAGAGACAGCGUCUGAUGGCGGACAUGGAGGGUUUGAAGCAGCAGGUGCAGGCGGUGCAGCUGUGCCAGAGCUCUCUCCGGGUGCCCGAAGAGGUGAUGCCCAACCUGGCCGUUUGCCGCACGGCGCUGCGUCUGCAGCAAGACGCCAGCCACUUGCAGCACGUCGCCAUCCAGCAGUGCAACAUCCUGCAGGAGGCCGUGGUGCAGUACGAGCAGUACGAACAGGAAGUGAGGGAGCUGCAGGGCUUGAUCGAGGAAGCGCACCGCGUCAUCCAGGACCGCCCCGUCACCACCAGCAACAUCCAGGAGCUGCAGGCGCAGAUCCUCCACCACGAAGAACUGGCCCAGAAAAUCAAAGGCUACCAGGAGCAGAUCGCCUCGCUCAACUCCAAGUGCAAAAUGUUGGCGGUGAAGGCCAAGCACGCCACGCUGCUGCUGACCGUCAGCGAGGUGGACGGGGGGUUGCCCCAGAUGGAGGAGGAGGAGGAGGAGGAGGAGGAGGAGGGGGGGAAGGAGAAGAUGGACCUCGUGAUGACGGCAGGCCGCUGCCACACCCUCCUCUCUCCCGUCACCGAGGAGUCCGGCGAGGAGGGCACCGUCAGCUCCGUGUCCUCCCCUCCCGCGUGUCGCUCGCCCUCGCCGCUCGAUCUCGCUGACAUGAAGGCCGGAAGGGGAGCACUGAAAAGGGUUGCGGUCCAAGAACUGUACGACCCGACUUUUGAGUCUGUGGCCAACCUGGACGACCUUCAGCGCUCUUGGGAGUCGUUGAAGAACGUGAUCAGCGAGAAGCAGAGAACUCUGUACGAAGCUCUGGAGAAGCAGCAACGAUAUCAGGCCUCGCUGCAGUCCGUCUCGGCCAAAAUGGAAGCUCUGGAGGCCAAGCUGAGCGAGCCCCUGGAGGCGGACACCAGUCCCGAUAGUAACGUGACAACGCACCAGGGUCUGAUGCAAGACAUUCAGGGGGCACAGGAGGACAUCGACAGGCUCCAGACGAGCUUCACCGAAGAGCUGAGCUCGGCCGCCGCCUCUGCCGCGGACCCGGACCCGGACGCGGCGGACCGGCUGGCCGUGCGGUCUUCCCUGGCCGUCCUGGCCGAGAGGAUGGCCACCAUCCGCACGAAGGCCUCGGGGAAGCGCCAGCUCUUGGAGGAACGCGUUAUCGACCGGCUGGAAGGCCAACGCCAGAAUGAGGCCGUACGGCGCUUUCAGAUGCAGGCGGAGGAACUGGACCGAUGGUUGGCCCGGGCGCGCCGUUCCGCUGCCGCCGUCCUUGAAGCCCAGGAAACGGACGCGGACGGGCACCUCGUGGAAUGCCAGAACAUGCUGCUGGACAUCGAGGAGAAGGUGCAGGCCCUCUCCGAGCUGUCCGUGCACAGCGAUAACCUGCUGCUGGAGGGUCGCGGCGAGACGCGCGCCGAGGCCGAGCGACUGGCCAGGAGGUUGCGGACGUUGAAGGGAGGCUUGCUGGAGCUGCAGAAGAUGCUGCAGGAUAAGCGCGCCGACGCGCAGGGAUCCCUGCAGGAUCAGGAGGACAGCGAGUCAGAUUCUGGUCUUUCGCAGAGCUCCAGCGUGCAGGAUUGGGUGGCUCAGGCUCGGACUACGCGCUCCCAACAGCUCCAGGACACUCUUCAGAGUCAAAGGGAACUGGAGGAGCAGCUCGCAGAGCAGAAGAAACUGCUGCAGUCGGUCGCCACCAGAGGAGAAGAGAUCCUCAUCCGGCAGGCCUCGCCGGGCAGCAACACUCCCUCGGAGCCCUUUUCAACGGCAGCCGUGGCCGAGGGGGAAAGCGACGCCGGGCGCGAGCGGAUGAGGCAAAGGUGGGAGAGCCUGCGGCUGGAACUUCAAACCAAGAUGCAGAUAAUGCAGAAGAACCUGCAACAGGACCACAAGAAGACAGUUUAUUCCAGUUCUUCGUGUGCGGCACCGCUUUUAAAAGGCGGACUCAAAGCUGACGCGUCGUCACUGAAGAGUCUUUAUGAAAACUUCAGGCAAACAAUGGAGACAUCUCAGGGCAGCAACGGUGGUGAGACGCAAGCGCCCGUGAUGGGGCGGCAGCUCUACGCGGCCGUGUCGUCCACCUCCUCCUGGCUGGACGGCGUGGAGAACGUGGUCCUGUCCGACUCGUUGCUGCUGGCCGACAACAUGGAGGCGCAGCUGGAAAAACAGGAGAGGUUGGAGCGUGAUCUCCGCGGGAUAGCAGGGGAGGUGGCGCUCAGUCAGACUUUGCUAGUUGCGUCUUCCGGCUUGAGGCAAGAGGAGCGGACCUUGCUGGAGGACAAUCUGGACUGCCUGAAAGAGAGACUGGGAGCGCUGAGCAAUGCGCUUGGUCACAGCUGCGACCACAUGAGGACCAGGACUCAGCAACUCACUGCCUACCAGACUCAACUGCAGCAUCUCCAAAGUGCUUUAAUGGAGACUAAGGGCCAGGUCCUGCAAGUACUAACCCAAGCCGUAGACAGACCGGCCUCAGAACAGCUCCAGCUCAUUGCCAGCACAGAAGACAACCUGAAGGAAUUUGAACAGAAGAUCACGGAAUUGAAAAGCAGAGGAGCUGCGCUGCAAGCGGACCAGAUCUCGACAGACAAAAUACUGAAGCUUCAGGAUGACUACGAGGAGCUGGCGAUGACUGUGGGGUCUCGGCGCAGCGGGCUGAAGCAAAACGUGGCCCUAAAGCUGCGGUAUGAGCGCGCCCUGCAGGACCUCGCCGACCUGGUGGACACGGGCAACGGCAAGAUGGCUGCCGAUCAGAGAAACGUCGCAGGCUCGGCGGAGGAAGUCCAGAAUCAGUUGGAGAAACACAAGGAAUUCUUCCAGGGUCUGGAGUCGCAUAUGAUUUUAACCGAGAUGUACUACGGCAAAAUUUGCAGCCUAAUGCUUCCCAAAGAAAGACGAGUUCUGGAGGAGACUCUAAACCAGGCCCGGAGUAUCCUCCAGACGGCACACAGUAAAGGUGUGGAGCUGGAGGGAAUUCUGGAGACUUGGCGCCACUUGCUGCAGGAUUAUCAAAGCUUGGUUAGCCAGUUGGAGGCUGUUGAGGAAGGUAUUCCUGCGGUGGGAUUGGUGGAGGAGACGGAAGAGAAACUGAUGGACCGGAUUUCACUGUAUCAGGGUGUGAAGGGGAAGCUGACGGAGCUCCAACACAAGCUGCACCAGUUGCUGGCUGAAGGCAAACGUCUCCUGGUGUCGGUCUGCUGUCCUGCCCUGGAGAAUCAACUGGCAGUUUUGGGCGAACGCUGGCUGGACAAUACCAGCAAGGUCAACAAGGAACUGCAGCGUCUGGAGGCCAUUCUCAAACACUGGACAAGGUAUCAGAGACAGUGCGGAGAACUUGCCGAAUGGCUUCAGUCGGCUCUGGAGCGCCUGGAAUUCUGGAACACGCAAGCAGUUUUGGUGCCACAGGAGUUGGAAACAGUCAGAGACCACCUCUCUGCUUUUCUGGAGUUUUCCAAGGAAGCAGAGAGCAAGUCCGGUCUGAAGGGCUCUGUACUCUCUGAGGGCAACCAGCUCCUGAGGUUGAAGAAGGUGGACACGGUGGCGCUACGCUCAGACUUGGCCCGCAUUGACAAUCAGUGGAGUGAACUGUUCACACGCAUUCCGGUGGUGCAGGAAAAGCUCCAUCAGAUCCAAAUGGAGAAGCUGGCUUCCCGACACGCGAUCUCGGAGCUGUUUAACUGGAUAUCGCUCAUGGAGAAUGUCAUCGAGGAGGAUGAAGAAAACCUCAAGAGUGCCAUGGGAUCACAUGUGAUUCAGGACUACUUGCAGAAAUACAAGGGUUUCAGGGUGGAUUUAAGCUGCAAGCAGCUUACUGUGGACUUUGUCAACCAGUCAGUACUGCACCUCAGCGGUCAUGACGUGGAGAGCAAGCGUAGUGACAAGACGGACUUUGCGGAGCGUCUGGGCGUCAUGAAUCGCCGAUGGCAGAUCCUGCAGGGCCGAAUCAAUGAGCGGAUCCAGUUCCUGGAGAGCUUGCUCCGGAUGUGGCAGGAGUAUGAGACCAGCGUUCAGGCCCUAAAGACCUGGAUGGGAGCUCAAGAAGAGCGAUUGAAGAGGAAACACAGGAUUGAAGACCUGAUGUCGGUACAGAAUGCUCUGAAGGACUGCCAGGAAAUGGAGGAGCUGGUGAAGGACAAAGAAAAAGAACUGGAGCGUGUUGAGGAGCAGGGCUGUGCUCUUGUCCAGAACAAAACUGACGAAGCCUGCGCGAUUGUCAUGGAGACGCUACAGGGUGUCAACCACACCUGGGCCAACCUAGACCACUUUAUUGGUCAGCUUAAGAUCAGUCUGACAUCAGUGUUGGAUCAGUGGACUUUAUACAAACGUGCAUCAGAAGAGAUUAAUGGCUACCUGAUGGAAGGACGGUAUUCCGUGUCACGCUUCCGCCUCCUCACCGGCUCCUUGGAGGCCGUUCAGCAGCAGGUGCAAAGUCUGCAGGGUUUGCGAGAAGAAAUGGAGAAGCAGGAGAGCAGUCUGAGGAGGUUCGGUGCCGUGACCCAUCAGCUGCUGAAAGAGUGUCACCCAUCAGUGUCGGACUCCCUCAAUCAUGCCCUCAAGGAUGCAAACGCAAGGUGGUCUGGUCUCCUGGAGGAGAUAUCUGAGCGUCUGAGGAGUAGCAAAGCUCUGUACCAACUGUGGCAAGGUUACAAGGAUCUUCACCAGCAGAGUUGCACCAGCAUCCAGAACCAGGAGGAGAAAGCCGAGCAACUCCUCAAGAUGGCGUGCGGCGAAGAUAUCGCAGAUGAGCAUGUGUCCGCUUGGAUUCAACACUGUGGCGAGGUUCUCCAUUCCCACGUCCCUGUGCAGGCCUCGCUGCAAGUUCUCCGCGAGCUGGGAGAUCAGCUGAAGCAGCAGGUGGACACGUCGGCUGCCUCCGCUAUUCAGUCGGACCACCUGGCGCUUUCACAGCGGCUGGCAGCGGUAGAGCAAGCGCUCAACCGACAACUCGUCACUCUGCAGACCGGCGUCCAGGACUACGAAACCUUUAACCAUCAGCUGGAUGCUUUAGCGGGCUGGGUUGUUGAAGCCGAGGAGGCUCUGCGGGUCCAAGAUCCCAACGGCUCCACUGACCUGGCCCUUAUCCAGGAGCGCAUGCAGGACCUGAAGCGACUGAUGAUGAAGUUCAGCAGCAUGGCGCCGGAGUUAGAGCGUCUCAACGAGCUAGGUUACCGGCUACCGCUCCACGAAUCUGAGAUCAAACGCAUGCAGAACCUGAACAGGAACUGGUCGGCGGCCUCCGCGCAGACUACAGAGAGAUUCAGCAAACUGCAGUCCUUCCUGCUCCAGCAACAGACCUUCUUGGAGAAAUGCGAGACCUGGAUGGAGUUCUUGGUCCAGACGGAGCACAAUCUGGCCGUAGAAAUCUCCGGCAACUACCAGAGUUUGAUGGAGCAGCAGAAGGCUCACGAGUUAUUCCAGGCCGAGAUGUUCGGUCGCCAGCAGAUCCUGCACUCCAUCAUCAGCGACGGACAAAAGAUGCUGGAACAGGGUCAAGUGGAUGACAGGAAGGAGUUCAAUCUGAAGCUGGCGCUCCUGAGCAACCAGUGGCAGGGCGUAGUGCGGCGGGCCCAGCAGCGGCGCGGCAUCAUCGACGGCCUGGUCCGCCAGUGGCAGCGCUACCGGGAGAUGGCGGACAAGCUGCGCAAGUGGCUCCUGGACGUCUCCCUGCCGGCCGAGGGUCUCCGGCCCGGGGCCCCGGUUCCUCUGCAGCAAGCUCGCGCCAUGCUGGAUGCCGUUCAGCUGAAGGAGAAAGUGCUGCAGCGACAGCAGGGCAGCUACAUCCUGACGGUGGAGGCCGGCAGGCAGCUGCUGCUGUCGGCCGACGGCCGGGCCGAGGCGGCCCUGCGGGCCGAGCUGACCGACGUCCAGCGACGCUGGAAGCGGGCCAGCGGAUGCUUGGAGGAAAUGAGGAGGGAGCUCGGCACCUUGUUGAAGGACUGGGACCGCUGUGACAAAGGUAUCGGCGCAUCUCUGGAGAAGCUUCGGGCCUUCAAACGCCAACUCUCUCAGCCUCUUCCCGACCACCACGACGACCUGCAGGUCCAGCAGAUGCGCUGCAAGGACCUGGAGAGCGCCGUUGAAGGCUGGACCGGAGAUUUGACCCACCUGAGCGUCCUGAGGGAGUCGCUGUCCCGUCACAUCAGCGCCGAGGACGUUUGCGUGCUGCGGGAACGCAUCGAGCUGCUGCAUCGCAUGUGGGACGAAAUCUUGCACCAGCUGACGCUGCGCGGGCAGCAGGUGGCCGACAGGCUGAACGAGUGGAGCGUCUUCGCCGACAAGUACAAGGAGCUCUGCGACUGGCUCACCGCCAUGGAGGGCAAAGUGUCGCAAAACGGGGACGUCGGCGUCGAGGAGACGAUCGAGCGGCUGCGCAAGGACUACCAGGAGGAGAUCUCGGUGGCCGAGGAGAACAAGUUGCACCUGCACCAACUGGGAGAGCGUCUGGCCCGGGCCAGCCACCAGACCAAGGCUGCCGAAAUCCAACACAAGCUCACCAAAAUCAACGACCGCUGGCAGCACCUCCUGGACCUCAUCGAUGCCAGGGUGAAGAAGCUGAGGGAGACCCUGGUGGCCGUGCAGCAGCUGGACAAGAACAUGAGCAGCUUGCGGACCUGGCUGGGCCACAUCGAGACCGAGCUGUCCCAGCCCAUCGCCUACAACGCCUGCGACCUCCAAGAAAUUCAGCGGAAACUCGACCUGCAGCAGGAGCUUCAGAGCGACAUCGAGAAGCACAGCACCGGCGUGGCGUCGGUGCUGAACCUGUGCGAGGUCCUGCUGCACGACUGCGACGCCUGCGCCACCGACGCCGAGUGCGACUCCAUCCAGCAGGCCACGCGCAGCCUGGACCGCCGUUGGAGGAGCAUCUGCGCCUCCUCCGUGGAAAGGAAACUCAAGAUUGAGGAAACGUGGCGCUUGUGGCAGAAAUUCCUGGAGGACUUUUCCCGCUUCGAGGAGUGGUUGGCGGCUUCCGAGAGGACGGCCGCUCUGCCCAAUUCUUCCGGCGUUUUGUACACCGAAGCCAAGGAGGAGCUCAAGAAAUUUGAGGCCUUCCAGCGGCAGGUCCACGAAAGCCUGACCCAGCUGGAGUUGCUGAACAAGCAGUACCGUCGGCUGGCCAGAGAAAAUCGGACGGACUCCGGCUGCGGCCUCAAAGGGAUGGCUCGCAGCGCCAACCGGCGCUGGGACGAUCUGCAGAAGCGGGUGGCGGCCAUCCUGCGCCGGCUCAAGCACUUCAUCGGUCAGAGGGAGGAGUUUGAAACGGCGAGGGACGCCAUCCUGGUCUGGCUGACCGAGAUGGACCUGCAGCUCACCAACAUCGAGCACUUCUCGGAGUGCGACAUCCAAGCCAAGAUCAAGCAGCUCAGGUCGUUCCAGCAGGAGAUCUCGCUGACCGCGGCCAAGAUGGAGGCCGUCUUCCACCAGGGCGAGGCGCUGAUCGAGAAGAGCGAGCCGCUGGACGCCGCCGUCAUCGAGGAGGAGCUGGAGGAGCUGCAGCGCUACUGCCAGGAGGUGUUCGGACGGGUCGAGCGCUACUACAAGAAGCUCAUCCGCCUGCCCCUGGCCGAGGACGACGGCGAGGCGUCGCUCUGGGAUCGCGAGGCGGAGCUGGACGAGCCCGCGGACCUGUCGGGCCCGCCGCCGUGGAGCGAGCGUCUGGGCGACGGCUUCCUGUCGCCGCUGCCCUCCUCGGGACGCUCGGCGGCGCAGCCGCGGACCGAGCGCUCGGGCCGGGACACGCCGGCCAGCGUGGACUCCAUCCCGCUGGAGUGGGACCACGACUACGACUUGAGCCGCGGGCUGGAGAGCGCCGGUCGGGCCCUCCGGGAGCAGCAGGGCCAGGAGGGGGACUUCUUGCGCCGGCCCGCCUCCCCCUUGUCAGGGGAGGCGGCCUCGUCGGACUCGCCGCACGCCGAAAGCGGCGGCGGACGCGCGCCCGCCGCCGUCGACCCGGAUGCCUCCUACAUGGGAUACACGAGGCUGCUGGGCGAGUGUCGCGGCAACAUCGCCACGGUGAAGAGGAUGGGCUACGAGUUGAAAGAGGACGAGGACACCACCUCCGGGUUGGCCAAUCCCAGCGGCUCCGAGUCCCAAACGUCCGGCGUGAUCGAACGCUGGGAGCUCCUGCAGGCUCAGGACCUCAGCAAGGAGAUCCGCACCAAGCAGAACCAGCAGCAGUGGCAGCAGCUCAACUCGGACCUCGACAACAUCUGGACGUGGCUGCGGGAGGCGGGCGACGAGCUGGAGCAGCAGCGGAGGCUGGACCUCGGCACCGACAUCCAGACCAUCGAGUUCCGCAUCAAGAAGCUCAAGGAGCUGCAGAAGGCCUGGGACAGGCGCAAGGGCAUCGUGCUGUCCAUCAACCUGUGCAGCGCCGACUUCGUGCACUCGGACACGGACGAGUCCAAGGAGUUGCAGGCCAAACUCAAGGACAUGAACAACCGCUGGGACAAGCUGGCCGCCUCCUUGGACGAGUGGCGGUCUUCGCUACAAGGGGCCCUCAUGCAGUGCCAGGACUUCCACGAGAUGAGUCACGGUCUGCUGCUCUGGUUGGAAAACAUCGACCGGCGGCGCAACGAGGUGGUGCCCAUCGACCCCAUCCAGGACGGCGACACUUUGCAAGAGCACCACAAAGCGCUCACGCAAAUCCGCCAGGAGCUGCUGGACUCUCAGCGGAAGGUGGCGUCGCUGCAGGACAUGGCGCUGCAGUUGCUGGUCAACUCGCAGAGCGGCGACUGCCUGGAAGCCAAGGAGAAGGUCCACGUCAUCGGGAACCGCCUCAAGCUGCUGCUGAAGGAGGUCACCCGAGACCUGAGGGAGCUGGCCCGCAUCCUGGACCUGGCCAGCAGUCAGCAGGAUCUGUCGUCUUGGUCGUCGGCGGAUGAUCUGGACACCGGUUCCGGGUCGCUCAGUCCCGCCUCGGGGAGGAGCACUCCGAGUCGGCGCCGAUCGCGGCGGGGCAAAUGUAGUGUGUCACAGCGUGGAGGCCCCGUGAGCGGUCCGCAGCACAGGUUUCGCAGCGGCGCUGGGUCCGCUUCCUGCCCUUCUGACGCGCCGGGGGGGGCUCCCUUCGCACGCCGCGUCCUGCGGGUGGCGCUGCCCCUCCAGCUGGCGCUCCUGCUGCUGGUGCUGGUCGCCUUCCUGCUGCCCUUGUCCGAGGCGGACUACUGCGCCCAGUCCAACAACUUCGCCCACUCCUUCUACCCCAUGCUGAGCUACACCAACGGGCCUCCUCCCGUCUAGAAAGCGCAAGUGCGAAAAUGCGCCGUUAGCUGAUAGGAAGAAGCGGCGACCGCUCGGAUUUCUGCAUUAACUGGUCGCAAAAUCUAAUCCGAUCUCAGUCCAAAUGGACACUUCCAAUUCAAUUAUUGUCCGGAACAUGUAGACGUCGUCGGUGGAGUGCGGGAAACGGAUUUGAUCCUCUUGGUUUCUGACUUCUCCAAAAGUCCGUCAACCUCUGAAGUCCAAGAAAAGUGACCGGAAUGGAGGUGCUGCGACAAAAAUGAACAAAAUAACCACAAAACCUAUCAAAAACGCGCUAGUAAUUGUUUUUUGUCCUUGUCAAUCAUAAUUUCAAAUGGAGCAGGAGAUCGUUUUUCAUCAUCCGUUGCGACUUGGAUGAAGUUCUGAUCACUUUGUCCAAGCAGUUUAUGCAGAAGUCCAAGUCAUUCCAAAAAGGGUCCGCCGACAGUCUUUGCGGUUCCUGGAACUAAAACUUCGUACCGUACCGUACGUGAAAGUACCGUAAUUGCCGGCCUACGCGGCGCACCCGGUUAUAAGCCUCGGAAAGAGUUUAGCGUUAGCGCUGCGCUAGCGUUAAACUCUUUCUGUGUACUGACGCUUACAACCAGGUGCGCUAACGCUAGCGCGCCGCAUCACCACGUAAACCGCGGGGUUGAAAGCGUGUGAAAAAAUGUCGCGCCUUGUAGGCCGGAAAUUAUGGUACAUUUUGCUACUACGUUUCCGUGUGGACAAAUGGAGGAAUUACAAGAAUACGACGUACAAAAAUCAAUGGCUGAAAUGCUUUGAAAUGUUCAUUAACCCCCAUGAUGAUAUUUAGUAAUAAUCCGACAUUUCUUUUUUUUUGUUUUAUCCGCAUGCAGUUCCACAUCGGGGCUCGCCCCCGCCGCCGAUUUUUAUCUGUACGCAACGACAUUAUUUUUUUGAAGGGAGUCGUCGUCAUGGCGACGUUUGCCGGUUUAUUUUUCCAACAUUGUCAAAUACCACAGAGCCAGAUAGAAAAUAUUGUUUUAUUUUAUUUUUUUGUAUGCUUGCCGACGCGUAACAAAAGCGAGGAUGAUGGCGUGGCUGUCUACUGUGUAUAAUGUUGAUGACAAAUGUGUAUGCGAGAAAUCGGAGAAGAAAAAUGAAUGCCAAAAAUGGAGAUUUUGACGUGUGUUUCUUUUAUCAAUCACACACACCGUCAAUUUGGUGUGCGGGUGAUUAGAUAGAUAGAUAGAUAGAUUGAUUAAUUUAGGGUAGUACUGCAUUCAUUUUUCUAAUGAAAUUGACUUUUGUAAUGAAUACAUUUAUUUUCUUAUUUCAUAUUUUAAAUAGUUGAUCUUAAAUAAGAAUGCAUUAUGGAGUUGACCCCACAAACAAUCGUUCAGUGUUUAAAAUGGUGUUUCGAAUUAAUUUUUAAAUAGCCACUGAGGAGCAUUUUUAUUGUUUUUGUAUUUAGAAAAAUUGGUCACACACAAUUUUAAUUACAAUUACAUAACAUUGUUUUCGAUUGUUGAGUAAUCAAAAUGUUCACACAAUUAAU